UCUCUCUCUCUCUCUAUUUGUACUGAAAAAACUCAAAAAAAGAAUUUGGAAAUCCGACCCGGAGUAGCCGGAAGUUGAGAGCACUGAGAACUCUUUUCGGCGAACUUGGCGACAAUGCCGAUCCUCCGAUCGCUGUUGUUGCUGUUUGUGCUAUAUCAAGCAGCUGUGGUCUCAGCUCGGGGAUCCAAAAGCAUCAGUCCAUGGCAGACGUUGAGUGGAAAUGCACCUUUAGUUGUUGCAAGGGGUGGUUUCUCAGGGAUAUUUCCCGAUUCCAGUGUUAAUGCCUACAAUUUGGCACAGUUGACUAGCUUAUCAAAUGUGAUCUUAUGGUGCGAUGUACAGUUGACGAAGGAUGGAGCUGGGAUCUGCUUUCCAACCCUCACUCUAGACAACUAUUCUGACAUUUCAACUGUUUUCCAAAAUGGAAAGGCAAACGUCUAUCAAGUGAAUGGGGUAGCUGUGCAAGGAUGGUUUUCUGUGGAUUAUACUUUAAAAGAGUUAGCCAAUGUCUACUUGACUCAAGGAGUUUUUUCUCGAAGUGAUAAGUAUGAUGGGAUAUUCAAUAUACUUACUGUUGAAGAAGUAGUAUCAUCCGAAGUCCAACCGGCUGGCUUGUGGUUGAAUAUUCAGCAUGAUGCAUUCUUCAGGCAACAUAAUUUGAGCAUGCGAAGCUUUGUGCUUUCUAUAUCAAAACAUGUUGUUGUUGAUUAUGUCUCAUCACCGGAGGUGGGUUUCCUGAGCAGUAUUGCUUCACGAUUUAAAGGAACAAAGACGAAACUGGUCUUCCGUUUUCUUGGGAUGAAUGAUGUUGAGCCAUCAACUAACCAGACUUAUGGUUCACUUUUAAGUAAUCUUACACUUGUCAAGACAUUUGCCUCUGGAAUACUUGUUCCCAAGACAUAUAUAUGGCCUGUAAAUUCUGGUCUAUAUCUACAAUCUCCUACAUCUGUUGUGUCGGAUGCUCAUAAUCAAGGACUGGAAGUAUUUGCCUCGGACUUUGCAAAUGAUGUAGUUUUUAGCUACAACUACAGCUAUGACCCUAUAGCUGAGUAUCUUUCAUUUGUUGACAAUGGUAAUUUCUCUGUUGAUGGUGUGCUGUCAGACUUCCCUAUAACUCCAUCAGAGGCCAUAGAUUGCUUUUCUCAUAUAAGCAAGAAUAGUACUGGACAAGCACCACCAGUGGUUAUCACGCACAAUGGAGCUAGUGGAGUCUACCCUGGCUGUACUGAUGUUGCUUAUCAGCAAGCUGUAGAAGAUGGUGCCGAUGUUAUUGACUGCUCUGUUCAAAUGACAAGCGAUGGGAUCCCCAUAUGCUUAGGCUCAAUUAAUCUUAUAGAGGGCACAACAGUCGCUCUGUCACCUUACGGCAUUCGUUCCGUUAUUAUUCCUGAGCUUCAGAAUACCGCUGGGAUUUUUACGUUCAACCUCACAUGGAAAGAGAUUCAAAACUUGAAGCCUGCUAUAUCGAAUCCAUUCUUGGAUUACCAGUUGUACCGGUAUCCAGCACAUAAAAAUUCUGGAAAUCUUGUCUCAUUGGAUUAUUUUUUAAGCUUUGCAAAAACCAAGCCUCUUUCUGGGGUCUUGGUAAGUGUAGAGAAUGCUGCCUACCUUGCAGAGUAUCAGGGUUUAAGCGUAAUUGAUGCAGUUAUUGAUUCCUUAAACAAGUCUGGUUACAAUAACCAGACACUCCAGAAAGUAAUGAUCCAGUCCACCAACAGCUCUGUUCUGAAGGAGUUUAAAAUGAAAACCAGUUAUGAGCUUGUAUACCAGGUUGAUGAGACUAUCCGUGAUGCCCUUAACUCAUCCAUCAAGGACAUCAAGGGAUUUGCACAUUCUGUGUCGGUCACCAAGCAGACCAUCUUUCCGAAAAACCAAGGCUUCCUCACUGGUGUUACUAAUGUGGUGGAUAAGCUUCAUUCAUAUAACUUAUCUGUCUAUGCAUAUGUGUUUACUAAUGAGUUUGUAUCGCAAGCAUGGGACUUCUUCUCAGACCCAACAGUCGAGAUAAAUAACUUUGUAAGCGCAGCUAAUAUUGAUGGACUCAUCACCGAAUUCCCAGGGACAGCCGUAUCAUACAGAAAAAACAAAUGUUUAACCAUGGGCAACAACACACCAAACUACAUGCUUCCUGUUCAGCCUGAUGGUCUCAUGCAAUCCAUUCCUAAUAAUGCUUUGCCACCAGCUGAGGCUCCGAAUCAAAUCCUGACAGAUUCUAAUGUCAUAGAGCCACCUUUGCCUCCUGUUGUACAGAAACUGCCAACCUUCGUAACACCUGGACCAGCUGCAGCUCCAACUGCAUCUACUCCAAAUGGCCAGCCACAGAGAGCCACUGAUUUUUUCCUAUCAUCUCUUCUUCUUGUGCUUCUUGCGUUUCUCAUAUUCUGAAGUAGGGACACAGAUCAUCACCAUCUCCUUUUGCAUCUUCUAUCAAUUAUCAUCUCUAGCAAAACUCCAUGCAUUGCUUGUGCUGUGUUGAGACUGGCACACAACUCCAACUAUAUGACUGUCAGAGUAUUGCCCUAUCAAAGUUUUUCAGGCUGCAGAUAGUUGGAAUUUCGGCUGAAUGUUUACAGUUUAUCCAUUUGUCCCCCCUUUUGCUCUACUUUUCUGCUUUUUUUCUUUCUUUGGGGUUCUGUUAAUGGUGUAUUUUUGUCCAUUCUCCCAUAUUCUGAGAACAGAUACAGAUGCAAGUUUGCGACGCAUCAUGUAGAUUAUUUUUUGUGCUCUAGGAAAUUAUUUUAUUCUCAGGAUUGUAUUACUGUACAUUCAUUUGUAACAAAAGUUCAUGUGUUGCUUA